UCAGACCAGCUAUGAUGUUGAUGCUGACUGUUGUGUAUGUUUAAGAUAGGGUUUAAAGGUGAGCUGAGCUAAUAGACAGUGCGAGGUCACAAGGCAUCUCUGAACACCGGGAAAGCACCAGGUUAAGCAUAAAACCUGCAAGAAAACAUUAAAAUGAGCUGGGUAAAAAAGAUGAUUAUGAGGAUGAAGGUGAAGAAUGAACUGGCACGUCAGCUUUUGGGGGAGUUCAUAGGCACUUUUGUCCUUCUGCUGUUUGGUUGUGCUGCAGCAGCUCAGGUGAAAACCAGCAGAGAAACUAAGGGACAGUUUCUGUCAGUUAACAUGACCUUCUCUGUAGGUGUCAUGUCUGCCAUGUACCUCUGCAGGGGAGUAUCAGGUGCUCAUUUAAACCCGGCUGUGUCUAUGAGUUUCUGUGUGUUGGGUGAUCUACCCUGGAAAAGGCUGCUACCCUACUCUCUGGCUCAAAUUUUGGGAGCUUACCUUGCCUCUGGGCUUGUCUAUCUCAUCUACCAUGAUGCAAUCAUGGAGUUCAGUGGGGGAGUUCUGACUGUAUUUGGUCCUAAUGAAACGGCCAGCAUCUUUGCCACUUACCCUACUGAUGUGGUGUCAGUGCAGACCAACUUCCUGGAUCAGGUGGUUGGUACAGCCAUGCUGAUGUUAUGCAUUCUACCUCUGAAUGAUAAGAAAAACGCUCCUGCUCCUGAAGCGUUGCUACCUCCCAUUGUAGCAACUGUUGUCUUAGGCAUUUCCAUGUCAAUGUCAGCUAACUGUGGAGCAGCUAUAAACCCUGCUCGUGACCUUGGUCCACGACUAUUCACCUUCACUGCAGGCUGGGGCACUGAAGUCUUUACAUGCUAUGACUACUUCUUCUGGAUUCCAAUAGUGGCUCCUAUGGUAGGGGGCGUGCUGGGGACCAUCAUGUAUCUGGUCUUCAUUCAGUGGCAUCUACCUGAGCCACAGUCUGAAUCUGAGGAGGAUAAAGAUCAGACAAAGGUUGUAGAACAUAAUGACCAGCAACAUGUGGACAAAAAGGCCGAAUUAUACCUUAAACUGUCUUCCCUUUAAAAACCUGGGGAGAGUUGGGGCAGAGACUUUAUUGUUAGUGCGCAUGUUGCAGUAAAUUGAGAAAUGGUGCUCGUGCUAUGUGAGUUAGAAUCUAGCUCACAGCAUUUCUUGAUCCCAUUCCCCUUCUUGCCUCUAUCAUUUCCAGUCUGUUCUAUAAAUGGUUUAAAAGGCCACAAAAUAAAAACUGGGGAAAAUUUACUCAGGAUGAACUCAAAUGUUUCACAACAGAGCUGCAGAUUUGAUACAUCGCUUAUUAUUUUAAACCCUUUCCCCAACAGAAUAUUAAAUUGCAUGGGACUGCUUUCACUAUUUUAUGAAGUUAUUUGUAUAACAUGUAGUAUGUUAGCUAUUUUUAAACAUACCUUAUUUUUAUUUAAUCUGAUCUGUUUCUCGACUAGUGGCAACAGAUGGAAUAUUUGUGGCUUAAUAUAAACACAAAUUCAAUUUGUGCCCCAAUAUUUUGAAGGCUGGCUGAGCAAACUGGAAUUUUUUUUUAAAGCAUUCAUAAUGCUUUAAUAGAGGCUACUGCAACUACUGUUUGUAUUAAACGACUGUGUUAUUUAUAUCGUUACUAAUUAUAUGAAAUUAACGUAAAAAAACAACAGGUUUUCUGUCAAAGCCAUUGAUGUUUAUGCCAUGAAAUGUGAAUCAAUGGAUCAUUUAUGUAUAUAGGGUGAAUUAAGGUGAUCUGGGACAUUUGUUGCUUUCUAUUUCACUUUCAGCUUCCACAGUUUACUGUGAUUGCCACCCUGACACUUCAGACCAACAAAUGAGAGUUUAUCACAUAUCAAGCCUGCUCAAAUAUGGUUAUGUUAAUAUAGAUUUGCUUGUGAUAGAGCAAGAAAUGUACACAACAGAUCUAAGAUGCCCAUAUUACCCAAUGACUUAGAUUGCCCUAAUGCACCCUACCCUUACUCUAUAUACUGUUUACUGUAUGAGUGUUAUUAAUUUUUUCUCUCUAUUAAUAAGUAUACCAAUAUUUAUAGUCCACUUUGUUUAGAGAUUUCAUAUAACCACAUUAAAACCUAUAAUAUAUUUGCAGGUUA